UCUUGCCAGUAAUAAAUCAUUCAUUAUUCCUUCCGUCCAGUUCUCUAAUCAGUACUACAUCCCACAGCCAGACGCUAUGAGCGUUUCUAUGGUUCCGAAGUCCCGCCCCCUGCGCUGUACGAAAACACAAAAGGAUGCUGCGCUCGUUGUUACAGAUCUUAAGCCCCACCUUCUGCAGUAAACGUAAGCACAAAUCGCAGUGACUGGCGUUUGUAUGGGUCUGAAACCCCGCCUCUUGUGUAUCACGUAUGCACAAACUUGUACGCGUAGUACGCAUCAUAUGAAAAAGUGUCCAUUGUAACCUACUAUUGUCCAAGCUACAAAAUAAAUUAUUGCUUAAUUUCAGUCCCUGUCUUUCCCCGAUGGAUCGAGCCUCCAAGCGCAGGCAGGUGAAGCCCCUAGCUGCCUCUCUUCUUGAUGUCCUGGACUAUGACAGCUCGGACGACAGCGAUUUCGAAGUAGGAGAUGCAGAUGCCUCGGGGUCAGAGGCCACAGGGAACGGCAGCGAUGACGAGGGCUCCAAAGACAGCAUCGGAGGUGCGGACAGUGACUCGGAUGCCGUCGUGUCUCCUGACGAAGAGGGCGUCGAUGAUGAAGACACCAAAGAGCUUAAAGAUGAUGUGCAAGAAGAAGAGAAAGCCAAGGACCAGCCUUCCUCUGAGGAAAGCAGCAAAAAAGAAGCGGUCUCGAAAAAUCGCAGAAAAGCCGAAAAGACCUCAGACACGGAACCCAACGGGAGCAGCGCAGUCGAAGAAAACCCUAAAAAGUGGAACCUUCGAAGAAAUCGCCCCAUGCUGGACUUCACCACAAUGGAGCAGCUGAACGAGAUGGACGAUUACGACAGCGAGGACGACAAUGACUGGAGGCCCACGUCGGGAAAGAAGAAAAACAAAGCUGCCGGGAAGGAGAAAGGAGGAAGUGAGGAUGAAGAAGAGGACGAAGGCAGCGCGGAAGGGGGCGACGACGAUGACGACGACGACGAUGACGGCAGCGAUGAUGACGACGACGGUGACAAUAAUGACGAGGACAACGAGGACGAUGAUGUUGAGAGCAGCAGCAGUAGCGACAGUGAAGUGGCGGUUAAAAAAUUGAAGAAGAAAGCGAGUAAGAACACCGGAGCGUUUGACGAGGAGGAGACCAACGACAGCCACAGCACAUCUCAAGGAAAGGGAAAUGAGGACUGUUUGGUGGAGCGAGCUCAGGUGUGGACCUCACAGCGGAUGGAGCACAUUAUGAUCUGCUGCGUCUGUCUGGGAGACAACAGCGAGGACACGGACGAGAUCAUCCAGUGCGACAACUGCGGCGUGACUGUCCAUGAAGGCUGCUAUGGGGUUGACGGUGAGAGUGACUCGAUCAUGAGUUCGGCCUCAGAGAACUCCACAGAGCCGUGGUUCUGCGAUGCCUGUAAAAAUGGCGUGAUGCCCAGUUGUGAGCUGUGCCCCAAUCAGGAUGGGAUCUUCAAAGAGACAGAUGCUGGGAGGUGGGUGCACGUCGUAUGUGCGCUGUACGUUCCAGGAGUGGCGUUCGGAGACAUCGAUAAACUGCGGCCUGUAACACUGACAGAAAUGAACUACACCAAGUAUGGUGCCAAGGAGUGCAGUCUCUGCGAGGAUGCCCGCUUCGCCCGUACCGGUGUGUGUAUCAGCUGCGAUGCAGGCAUGUGUCGCUCCUACUUCCAUGUGACAUGUGCCCAGCGGGAAGGGCUUCUAUCCGAGGCCGCCGCAGAAGAGGACAUAGCCGACCCAUUCUUCGCCUACUGUAAGCAGCAUGCUGACCGCUUUGACAGGAAGUGGAAGAGGAAGAACUACCUGGCGCUCCAGUCCUACUGCAAAGAGUCACUGCAUGAGAGAGAGAAGCAGCUCACUCCUGAAGCCCAGGCGAGGAUCAGCGCACGGCUGCAGCAGUACCGGGCGAAGGCAGAAGUGUCUCGGAACGCACGUCCUCAAGCGUGGGUGCCGCGCGAGAAGCUCCCCCGUCCGCUCACCUCUAGCGCCUCGGCCGUGCGAAAGCUCCUGCGUAAAGCUGAGCUCAUGGGCAUCAGCACGGAUGUGUUCGCCACCGACACUGCGGAUGCCAGCGCCAGCCUGGACGGACGCCGUAAACACAAACAGCCUGCACUCACCGCCGAUUUCGUCAACUACUACCUCGAGCGGAACAUGAGGAUGAUCCAGAUCCAGGACAACAUCUUGGAGCAGAAGAACCUGAAAGACAAGCUGGAGAGCGAGCAGGAGAAGCUGCAUGUAGAGUACAACAAGCUCUGCGAGUCUCUGGAGGACUUGCAGAAUGUCAACGGGCUGCUGAGGACCGAAGGCCAGUCCAUGUGGAGCAUGUUGGGAAGCAUCCUCGGGCAGAAACUUAAUGCGCCAGCUGUUUUAAAGCCCCCCAAAGAGAGAAAGCCAAGCAAGAAAGAAGGUGGAAGUCCCGGAAAGUCCUCCAGUCUCCCAGCAGUGCUUUACAGCUGUGGGAUCUGUAAGAAGAACCAAGACCAGCAUCUCCUGUUACUGUGUGACACCUGCAAGCUGCACUACCACCUGGGCUGCCUGGAUCCACCUCUCACUCGCAUGCCCAAGAAGACCAAGAAUAGCUACUGGCAGUGCUCUGAGUGUGACCAGGCCAGCAGCGACGAGGCAGACAUCGCCAUGGAGACACUCCCUGAUGGUACCAAGAGGUCCAGGAGACAGAUCAAGGGGCCAAUCAAAUUCAUCCCUCAGGACAUGUCACCAGAGCCUAAAAAACUUCAACUGAGGGGCACGAGAACCCGGGGCCAGAAGAGGAAGCGGGUGUCUAUCUGCGAGGAAGAAAAGAUAGAGGAACCGGCACCGCGGGAACGCAGGCAGCGGCAGUCGGCGUUGCAAAAAAAACCAAAAGCCGACGAUACGAGGACGGAGUGUACCACCUGCAAAGGGCCUGGCGACAACGAGAACCUCGUUAGGUCGUGAGAGCCGGGCGCCACCUCUCCCACGUCCCCCACGCUCCUCCCCUAAAAAAUCUGGGGACAGAUGAGAGAGGGACAGAGAGAGGGAGAAAGAGAAAAAAGAGAGAGGCAGAUUAAGUCGUUUCGAAGAGCGGCGUCCGGGUCGGGGCAGGAAGUCGCAGACGACGGCCUCCUCUGACCGUCACCUUUGACAUCACUUCCUGCUCAGAACCAUGGAAUUUAACACGUUGACUCUUUUGGGCCACAACGAAACUUUCAGGAGCGAACGCACUGUUUUUUUUUUUUCUUUUUUUUUUUUUCAAAUUUCAAAUUACACAUGGAUUUUAAAGCUUGUGAAUUAAAGGGAUUAAAGGGAUGAUUGUGCCGCGGUGGAUUCUAUAAGAGGACUAAGUGGAUCUUGAGGACGCUUAGGUAGCCAUUUUGGAUGGAGACUUUAAAGUUGGUGAACGUGUACUGGACAGUAUCUCUGAGGCUGGACGUGUAGCUGCUUGUGCUUUGGAUUCCUAAACUGACUGUCAUGUAACAGGGAACUUUCCAGCCUUGCUUCAAGUGGCCUUUGUGCAAUCCUGGCCAAUUUGGGACAAUUCCGUGCAGCCCUCUCCUUUUCUUCUUUACCUCUCAUCUUUCUGCAAUCCCCUUUUUUAACCUGAAUGUUGUAUGUCCUCUAAGUUAAAACAUGAUGAAUGCUUUUGAACUGAACCCUGUGCUGCUCUCGUUGCUUAUUGCUUAUGCUAUGUGAAAGUAGAUAGUAGCGAGUAGAGAAUUCUCAACACAGCCAGUAUUUCUUUCGUCUAGAGUAUUUACUCAUGCCAGUGCAUCCACCGUAUUACAAUAUGAUGAACGGUAUUUACAAUGUAGAUCAGUCGAGAAAAUAAUUAGGAGGUUUAGCAAGCUGUGUGUGUGUGUGCGGUGUUGGUAUCUUUAUUUUUUGUCGUGUGUAGGCAGAAUUGUGACGUGCCCUUACAGUGGUUCACACAUUGCCUCGUGGUGAAGCAUAUUGUACUUUUUGACAGCUCAGCUGCCUUAUAUUCUGUCGAGAUAGCUAGGAAUGUCCCGAUGUGGGAUUCUUGCAUCUUCAUGCCCUUUAAUAUGGUGGCCUUCAAGUGCAAGACAUAUUAACAAGCCAAAAAGGCAAAUCAGGGAAUGCAACGACGAAACUAAAAUUGCUACAGAAACAGCGGAAACAUGAGCGCAAAUCCAAAAUACAUGAACAUUAACUCAAAAUGGCAAUCAGAAAACAAGCAACAGCAAAUGAGAAAAUGCAAUAACAAAACCAAAUGUGCAAGAGCAUGUCAGAAAAUGCAACAAAACUAAAAGCACAACAACCGAACAGAAAACUUAACAGCAAAACCAUAAAUACAAUAGCAAAUCAGAAUGCUUAUCACCAAUCAGAAUGUGAUUUUGUUGUUGUUAGUUUUGCUGUAGUGUUCAUAGUUUUGCUGUAGUGUUUAGUUUUGCUGUAGUGUUGUUAGUUUUGCUGUAGUGUUCAUAGUUUUGCUGUAGUGUUCAUAGUUUUGCUGUAGUGGUGUUAGUUUUGCUGUAGUGUUCAUAGUUUUGCUGUAGUGUUCAUAGUUUUGCUGUAGUGGUGUUAGUUUUGCUGUAGUGUUCAUAGUUUUGCUGUAGUGUUCAUAGUUUUGCUGUAGUGGUGUUAGUUUUGCUGUAGUGUUCAUAGUUUUACUGUAGAGUUUAUAGUUUUGCUGUAAUGUUGUUAGUUUUGCUGUAGUGUUUAUAGUUUUGCUGUAGUGUUAUUAGUUUUGCUGUAGAGUUUAUAGUUUUGCUGUAGUGUUGUUAGAUUUGUUGUUGUGUUGGUAGUCUUGCUGUAGUAUUGUUAGUUUUGCUGAAGUGGUGUUAGUUUUGUUGUAGUGUUGUUAGUCUUGCUGUAGUGUUUAUAAUUUUCUGUAGUGUUUAUAAUUUUGUUGUAGUGUUGUUAGUCUUGCUGUUUUUUAGUGUUUUUUUAUUUGUUUUGUUUUGUUUUUUUACAAAACCAAAUGUGCAACAGCAAGUCAGAAAAUGCAACAAAACUAAAAGCACAACAACCGAACAGAAAACUUAACAACAAAACCAUAAAUACAAUAGCAAAUCAGAAUGCUUAUCACCAAUGAGAAUGUGAUUUUGUUGUUGUUAGUUUUGCUGUAGUGUUUAUAGUUUUGCUGGUGUUUUAUUUUUGGUGUUGUUUAGUUUUGCUGUAGUGUUGUUAGUCUUUCUGAAGUGUUGUUAGUCUUGCUGUAGUGUUUAUAGUUUUGCUGUAGUGUUGUUAGAUUUGUUGUAGUGUGGUUUGUUUUGCUGUAGUGUAGCUAGUCUUGCUGUAGUGUUGUUAGUCUAGCUGUAGUGUUUAUAGUUUUGUUGUAGUGUUGUUUGUUUUGCUGUAGUGUUGCUAGUCUUUCUGUAGUGUUGUUAGUUUUGAUGUAGUGUUGUUAGUUUUGAUGUAGUGUUAGUUUUGCUGUAGUGUUGUCAGUUUUUUUUGCUGUAGUAUUGUAUGUUUUGCUGUAGUGUUGUUAGUUUUGUUGUGUUGUUGCAUUGUUAGUUUUGCUGUAGUGGUGUUAGUUUUGCUGUAGUGGUGUUAGUUUUGCUGUACUGUUGUUAGUUUUGCUGUAGUGGUGUUAGUUUUGCUGUAGUGUUGUUAGUUUUGCUGUAAUUUUGUUAGUUCUGCUGUAGUGUUGUUAGUUUUGCUGUAAUUUUGUUAGUUUUGAUGUAGUGUUGUUAGUUUUGCUGUAAUGUUAGUUUUGAUGUAGUGUUGUUAGUUUUGCUGUAGUGUUGUUAGUUUUGCUGUAAUUUUGUUAGUUUUGCUGUAGUGUUGUUAGUUUUGCUGUAAUGUUAGUUUUGAUGUAGUGUUGUUAGUUUUGCUGUAAUGUUAGUUUUGAUGUAGUGUUGUUAGUUUUAUUGUAGUGUUGUUAGUUUUGCUGUAAUGUUAGUUUUGAUGUAGUGUUGUUAGUUUUGCUGUAGUUUUGUUAGUUUUGCUGUAGUGUUGUUAGCUUUGCUGUAAUGUUAGUUUUGCUGUAAUGUUAGUUUUGAUGUAGUGUUGUUAGUUUUAUUGUAGUGUUGUUAGUUUUGUUGUAGUGUUAGUUUUGUUGUUGCAUUCUUAGUUUUGGUCUAUUUUCUGAUUGCCUCUUGCAUUUUUGAUUUGUUAAUGUGCUUUGUACUUUCCGGGCACCAUACUUGAACCUUUUAGAGCAAACAUUGUCAGCUUAGACUAAACAAUCUAUCUAUCUAUCAUCUUUAUAACAGUAUACUUGCAUGGUUUAUAUCAUACUAUUUGUUUACAUCCUACCGAAGAACGGUUGCCUUUUUUUCCUUUUAAAAUGUAAUUAUGAUCGAGGGGUUUAGAAGCUCAGAU